AUGCAACGCAAGCGUCGGCUCACUGUGCAACCCGUCGAUGCGGCUCGCUUCUGCGGAGACAACAACGGCGCGGUGGUGUCGUUCCUGAACGGCAUGAACCACCUCGUCGUCGCCAACCCUGCCCCGAUGACUGAGGGCGAGCAACUGCCCCUGCCGUCGCGUGUGUUGGUGCACGCGUACGCGGGUGCGCAGCUGGCUGACGCAGUCGUGAGGACCCGGGAAGAGUUUGUCGAGGAAGCAGCCGUGAACUCUGCUGCCGUUGUGGCCUGCCGCGUGACGCCGCUGCGAGCCUCGAGGGCAAGCACGGGGACUAACUACCCUGUGCGCACAGAGGGGCCCACGAAAAUCGUCUUCUUCUCCGGCUGCCAGCGGCUGGCUGAGGUGGGCAUCGAUGACGGGGUCGUGACUAGAUCUUCGCCCCCUAUGCAGCUACCCUGGUGCCCCAUGCAGUGCUUCCGCGUUGAAUCUGAAGACCCCGUCAAAGGUUUAGUGGCGCUGGACAUGGCUGCUUUCCUGAAAGAUCCGCAUACUCUCUGCGCCUGCACUCCGCAGCUUGGCAAGCUGCAGACGCUCCGCUUCGAAGAGAGCACGAUCUGCUGCCUGGGCCCCGGUCGUGCUGGUCACGCCGAGGUGACUGUCAUACUCGGCAACGGCGUAGCGGCGAUGUGCGGUGUGCAGCGAGCGGCUCCGGCGCCUGCAAGGUUUACUGCUGAAGCGUAUGCUGAGGUGGCGGCAGCGCCGUCGGCCUCGAGGGCAGCUCGACAAACCUUCCUCGCGGCGAAUGAGGGUAGUGACAUGCACGUGCUACACACUCUUCAGCUCCCUUUUCACGCAUCGCCGUCUGCAGCCCCGCUGCGCGUGGCAUGGACUGACGCAACUGUGCUGUGGGUGGUGUACUCGGACGGCUCUGUAGUGGCGGUGCAGUGCGGUGAGAGGAUAGGCACCGGCAGUGGCGCCGAGGGCAAUGAGGAACUGCAGCAGCCGUCAGAAGCGUUGGCAGGCCCCAGCAGUGCAAGUCAAGCGCGGGGCUCCACGGUCACGACGCAGGUGCUGGAGGCGCAGCUGAUGGCCACCUGGGCACAAAACGGCGACAGCAACAAGGUAUCCAUGGUGCAGGUGCAGAUCCACGCCGACCCGCGUGCGCCGGUGCUUCACUUUGCCUUUACGACAGCGGACGCCGGCGGCUCAGAGCAGCAGCAGCAGCAGCUGCUGCAUUACGGUACGGUGCGCCUGCAUGGAGCGUCGCCCGCCGUGCAGCUGCACUGGCGGCAGCAUCAAAUCUGCUACGCCGAGCAGCUCUACGGCGUGCGCUAUGAGCGAGGGCAGUUUCACAUUCUCUCGCAAAGCGCAUGCGGCGCCGGGCCUCUGUACGUGGCGACUCUUCUCAAAGACGGACCCGCUGCGUCCUCUGCCGCUGCGGGCGCUGUAUCAGUCGCGCCGUCCUUGGCGAUGACAAUCAUGCAAUGCGCCGAAAGCGAGCUGAGCAGUCACUGUCGUAGCUGCGAAGCUCGGCUGAAGGAGCUGCGGGACUCCGCUCAGGAGCUCACAUGCGAGAAGGAUGCCACGUUGCUACUGCAUCAACUCAUGCAGGCGCAGCACGCCCUCUACGCUCUCUUGACCCGGCAGCAACAGUCUGCGAGUGUGACAGACUUGGCAGCCAGCGAGAGCCUGCCGUACCGACUGCUGCAGCGCGCUGCGCAGGUGUCCCGACAGCACGUUGCGUACGCCCUGUUUGUGCACCUUGGCAUCAUGCACACCAUAUCGAAGCCGUUGAAGGACGUUCUGCGGCUCAGCGAGGCGACAGCGACGGUCGAGGCGGCGCAGGCGCAGUGGAAGUCGCUGCUCCACGACACAUUCCGUCGCAAAAGCGUCUAUCAGAGCUCCGUUGCGGAACUCGCGAUGUGGCAAUCCGCAACACCGCUCUGCAUCGAGGUGCUGCUUGAUAAGCUGGGCCUGCCAGCCGCCGAUGCGUCGUUCACCAUGGCGUCGGCGCUCGCUAGCAUGGACGCUGUCACCCCCGAAAUGGCGGUCUUCAUCCUCUACUACAGCUACGUGGGUUUAGAGCAUUCGGCUGACGCGAGUGGCGCACAGGCGCUGCCAUCGAUGGCAGAGCAGCAGCAGCAGCGCCAGUGGCGCGAGUCGUUUCUGCUCUUGUUCGGCAUGCCGGUGGAUUUGAACACGUGGGCCUUCACGUGCUACGCGGUCGAUCAUGGGGUCAACCCUGCGGAGGCGGCCGAAGCAGAGCAGAAGAAGUCGUUUCUCUACGCGAUGGGGCCCGCGGUGCAGCACCUCGGUGCGCCUCCGUUUGUAAGGCUGCUGGCGCCUGUCGUAAACGGUCUCGCCCAUGUUGCCGCGCUGGAUGUCUUGCUUCGGUUGAUCCCGACCUGCAUUGCGGUGUACACCAGCGCCGGCGAGGACGUUCCGGUCAUGAUGGCGAUGAGGCUCCUCUGCGUGGCUUUGCGCGCUGGCUCGUCGCGCAUGAUCGAGGCUCUGUACGACGUGAUGCGCGGCUCCGAAGAGCUGAUGCACCUGGUGGCACAGCCGUUGGCCUAUGCGGCGCUUCACGCGGGCAGCGUGUCGGCGAUGCGCGGCUGGGUGGGGGUUGGGAGCCCGGUGGCGGACACGAUCGAGCGCACGCUGCAGACUGCGGAGGGGGCUCACCAGCGCGAGGCCGUGCUUAUCUUCUUCUACAUUCUUCUCCAGCGGUACGAGGAUGCGCUGCAGGUGUGCAGCUCUGCCACUCCCGCCGACGCGACGCAGGCACAGCGUCUUCAGGUGGUGCUAUCGUAUCUGCGCAGUCUACUGUCCGCCUCGUCGAAGGCGUGGGGGGAGCAGAAGAUGGUAGUGGUAGCCGACGUUGACCCUCAUCUGCCCGUGGAUGAGGCCUCUGCGUUGCCGCUCUGGCGACCCGAAACGCUGUCAGCUCCACUGCUGCAGGUAAGCUCCGGCGACUUGGCGGAGCAGCUGGGGAGGAUCGUCUCAUCUGCGGGGGAGCACGGAGGCCACAGCGGCGCCGCGGUAGUGGCACUUCGCGGAGCCGCUAGCGCCGGCGGUGCAACGACCGCGCCUGCCUCUGGAGCUCUCGGUGAAGCCGGCGCUGUGUACCACUGCUCGCACAGGGCUACAGGGGAGGGCUUACCGACUCACGCGCGACCUCCGCUGUUUCGCCCCUCGACGCUGCUCUCUUCUGUCGAGAGAGGAUCGAGGGCCGGCAGCAGUGCAGCCUCGUCCUCGUCGUCGCCGGCCGCGGCCGGUAGUGCCGCAACUACUGCAGGUCAGUGCUAG